UCUCUCUCUCUCUCUCUCUCUAGAUAAACUCUGGAGAAACCAGCAUGUGGCAACUUUGCUGAAGCGGCAUUUCGUUCCUAACUUCUCAUUUCUCUUUUACUCAGUCUCUUCGGUCUCGGCAGCCGCCACCAAACUCUCUCUCUCUCUCUCUCUCUCUCUCUCUCUCAAACGAUCUAAUUGGGUUUGGCACAAAGGUAUGGGAGCCAGAGGAGUUAUUGGGGAUAGAUGGUCCAUGAGGAUUCUAUGGGCCUGUGCAAUUGGAAGUGCUGCCGGCCUAUACAUGGUUGCUGCGGAAAGGCAAGCACAGAACAGGCAACGAAUGUUGGCUGAAGAGUUAAAGGCCAUGGAGGCAGAAUCAGGCAAUGGCGAGGUUGUUUGACUGUUGAUAAAUUAUAGGCAAUAACUACUUUAGAGCUUUCCAGAUUUCCCAAGUUGGCUUCAUUAUCAUGUUGGCCAUUGUGAGGAUUAUGUUAAACUGUUUUGUCUGCUGUUUCCAUUACAAUUCUGGUUUUCAGAGGAUGAUAAUGCAUAAGUGGUUGCAGAGAUUGGUCUGUGCACAGGAAGGUAUAUACGUUCAAGAAUGACUAAUAUUUUGGUGACAAA